ACCUGUUUGGUUGGUAAAUACUUUGUACCCAGACCUUCCUGCUCAGAACACCUUCACACCUGCAUUUAGGCGUCAGCCAGCAGGGAGUCUCAUUAGGUAUUCCGCUCCUCAGCACCUGAUCCACACACCGAAGUCGGGACCCUCUGCAGCACUCUCGCGGGCGGCUGUCCUCUCCCGCUCCCUGCCAGGAGGUGCGGCCCGGGGAGGGGCCAGGACCAAGAACGUGCCCGGUACUGCCCAGUCUUUGUCUGCUGCCUCCGGAUGCACAGCGAUGGGGGAAUGGACCAUCUUGGAGAGGCUGCUGGAAGCCGCGGUGCAGCAGCACUCCACUAUGAUUGGGAGGAUCCUGUUGACUGUGGUGGUGAUCUUCCGGAUACUCAUUGUGGCCAUUGUAGGGGAGACGGUGUACGAUGAUGAGCAGACCAUGUUUGUGUGCAACACCCUGCAGCCCGGCUGUAACCAGGCCUGUUAUGACCGCGCCUUUCCCAUCUCCCAUAUACGUUACUGGGUCUUCCAGAUCAUAAUGGUGUGCACCCCCAGUCUCUGUUUCAUCACCUAUUCUGUGCAUCAAUCUGCCAAGCAGAGAGAACGCCGGUACUCGACUGUCUUCCUAGCCCUGGACAGAGACCCUGCUGAGUCUAUAGGGGGACCUGGAGGAACUGGGGGUGGUGGCAGUGGUGGGAGCAAGCGAGAAGAUAAGAAGUUGCAAAAUGCCAUUGUCAAUGGGGUGCUGCAGAACACAGAGACCACCAGUAAGGAGACAGAACCAGAUUGCUUAGAGGUUAAAGAGCUGGCUCCACAUCCAUCUGGGCUGCGCACAGCAGCAAGGUCCAAGCUUCGAAGACAGGAAGGUAUCUCCCGCUUCUACAUCAUCCAAGUGGUGUUUCGAAAUGCUCUGGAGAUUGGGUUUCUGGUGGGCCAGUACUUUCUAUAUGGCUUCAGUGUCCCAGGGUUGUAUGAGUGCAACCGCUACCCCUGCAUCAAGGAGGUAGAAUGUUAUGUGUCUAGACCUACGGAGAAGACGGUCUUUCUGGUGUUCAUGUUUGCUGUGAGCGGCAUUUGUGUGGUGCUCAAUCUGGCUGAACUUAACCAUCUGGGAUGGCGGAAGAUCAAACUGGCUGUCCGGGGAGCCCAGGCCAAGAGGAAGUCAGUCUAUGAGAUUCGUAACAAAGACCUGCCAAGAGUCAGUGUUCCCAAUUUCGGCAGGACUCAGUCCAGUGACUCCGCCUAUGUGUGAAAGGGCAGGUUUGGGGAAGGCCUGCUAGGUGGCAAGUAGCCCCAAGGCAGAGGAUGACUCGAGGGUGUACAGGUUUGCCCUCAUUUGCGUAGUGCUCGCUGUGAAGGUCUAGGAUACAGAUAUUAAGAGGUCGUCAUCAACACAAAGGAGAGGUAGAACUGUCAUCACAUGUCACACCAUCAGUUCUACUGAGACCACCGGGUAGAGUGACAAGAUGGCUAAGUUGGAUGUCCUUGGGCCUUCUUCUUUCGUGGCCCUUCCUGCUCCUGAUAAUAGUGAACUGGCGUAGCUGCCAAGCAAGAAUUAGCUCGGCUGAGCUCUGUAUUCUGGUGAAUGGCAUGAGUCAAACACUCAUUGAUAUAAAAUUUGUGACCCAUCUCAGCACAUACCUUUAUCCUGGGCUGCAGAAAAAAAAAAUCCUGGAGGAUAUUUUUCCCCCUUCAGCAUGCCCCUUUCCCUCAAACCCAGGAUAGCAUGCCAGCUUUUCUUUUUCCUUGAUCUGGCCUUACAUUAGCCCUAACACAGUUUAUCUGCAAGCUGGAGGGAAUUACAUGGGGUGCUUUUUGGAGACCGGCCAGGGCAGAGGUUUGCAGUAGAGCCCCAUAUGACUGGCCCUUAGUCAUUAAAACAAAACAAAACCUUAGGAAUGUCUCAAUAUUUCCAAUUUUUUAAAACUCAAAUUGCACUGGUGCUGUUUAUUAGGGGUGG